AAUCUUUCGAAAGUCUCGUUCUGGCAUGAAAAUCGCGACAUGAGCUGUCGCCUUAACAGUACAAUUUUUAGAAGAGAGUGAACGCCGUAAGAUUUGGACCGAUUCAUUUACCAUCCAUAGGUGGAUCACGAUGUUUUGUUACGAUGCUCGACGACCAAUCGGACGAUGCGUUAAAGUGUGUUCUGCUAGGCACAAAUCCGAGGUGCACGAUACCUUCAAAUCGUAUAAUCCAAACGGGAAGAACAAUUCAAUUUCGCCAAUCUGUUAGUGGCAGAAAGAAUGAAUAGAACGCUCGUAGAAAUGACUGAUUCGGAUGGGAAAUUUUGGGCAGAAGCAGUGCAUACAGCACCUAAACCGAUUUCAAACAUAAUCAGUGCUAAAUAUGACACCUGAUAAGGUUUGGUAUGGUCAGGACCCAAUCUAGUGGGGGGGUUAUCUGCAUGCAUUUGGUUGGUAAAAACAGAGCAUAGAAAGAGAGGAAGGAACGCAAAGAGAGAGAUGAUGCCGAAUACAACGAUGAGAGAGAGAAAGAGCGAUGGUGACCAUACAAUCGACGGAGCACGAAAAGCAGAGGCUGGCCAUAUCUGAUAACAACUGGAUUGAGAGAAAGACCGAGAAAGCACAAGGUGCCGGAGACUGUGGAAGAAGACAUGGCGAGCGAUAACAACGGUGAGGGGUGGACAGCCAAUUGGAUGUCGCUGGGUUAUUGGACACGCUAAAAUCAGAAUGCUUUGGACAAUAUCAGCUGAGCUGGAACGUCAUGUGCACCAGUUGGACGCAUCAAAAGUGUAGCUCAACGGAGAAUUGAGUAAAGAGAUCUACUUCUUCUUAUAAUCCACACGAGUCUUUUCCUUUCACACAUAUGUACACAAUGUAGAUGGAGAUUGCAGUGGGAUUCAGUGAGUCUAAAUGAGCGCUCUGCUGAUGCUGACGUAACAGCAAUGGUUCAAAAAACAGCCUGUACGCAAUUUCCACAAUUAUGAAUCAAUUGCAGAAUUUCGAAAUGAUUAAUAAUUUCAGAAUUUUCACGUAGAGCGCUACGAAUGAAUCUAUACAAUAAAAAUGUUUUCCGAGUGUCUUUUAAGAUUUUUGCGCGCCAUCGGCUUGAAGCUAGUUCAGAUGAGUUAAUUAAUCAUCAGUUAUUUUCAAUCAUUUUCACUUCAUCGUUCUUGAACUGUUCAGCACAGAGAAAGAUUGUCUUCUGAGAAAUAAUAUCAAUGCGGUAUUCCAUUGUUGUCAUAUUUUUUGAGAUAAACUUUGGGAGAUCACAGUCCCUUCUUUGAUAUGAUUUUUAUUUGCCAACUGGAAAUGAGCAGGGGAAUUUUUGCAAAUUAAUUUAAAUCAGUUGACUAUUUCCAUUCAUAUUCAUUGAGUCGGUCUUGAGCUGUUCAGCAAAGAAAAAUCCACGGCUUUCUUUUAUAAAUCAGCUGCAUUUCGGAUUGCGUUCAGAGACUACGUUCAGUACUAGCAAUGCUGUGUUCCAUUGUUUUCAUAUUAUAUGCGAUAACCUUUGCGAGAUCCCUGUCACAGCAUUGUGAGGUGGAUGAAACUCAACACGAGUGCGGAGGAUACUGUUACGGAGCUGUGAAACCGGUCCUGGAGUACCUCGCCAUCCUGCAAAAACGAGUGGGGAACUGCGAGGCCAAACAGCCCGCAGAUACUCUAUCGAAAAUCGCGCAAAUGGACGAAAAGUUGGAGACUCUAGGAAGAAAGUUGGCGAUUCAGCAGAAAUCGGAAAGGAGCUCCCAAGCUGCAGAUACAAUCUCGAAACUGGCUCAAAUCGACGAAAAGUUGGCGGAUUUAGGAAGACAGAUGGCGAUCCAGCUGGAGUUGGUGCUUUUUAAAAAAAUUGGUUCCAAAUACUAUUACAUAGAAAAUGAAAUUAGAACGAACUGGAGAGAUGCAUUGGAUAAAUGCGGUGAGAUUGAAGCUCAUUUAGUGAGUGUGCAAAGCGAGGAUGAGAUGAAGGCACUCGUCAUGAUGCUAGAUGAUAAUAAGAGAUAUUGGACAGAUCUGAACGAUCUAAAAACUGAGGGAGAGUUUAUUUCGGCCACUACCGGCUUGAAAGGAACCUUCUUUCACUGGCAGGAACCCGAACCCAAUGACAUGGAAAACUCUGAAGAUUGCGUCGAGAUAAGAACCUUUUCGGACGAAGAUGGGAUGAACGACCAAUCAUGCAACGAAAGAAUUUAUUUUAUUUGUGAGGCAUCUUGGGAUAAUCCGUUCGAUAUGACAAUUUAG